CUGGAUUUCCUUCAACAACAAACACUGAAGGGGGUCAAAUUGACCCGGUUUGUGUUUAUAUAUUUAGUUUGGGAUCUGAUAACAUGUGACACAAACAACAUCAUAGAGUCGGAAAUGUGAAACAGGAAUCACACCGUUUUCUUUGAGAUAAGGCCAGCUCAUAUACCUGAGACGGUGAGUCCAACAAACACACACAGUGAGUGGAGUAGGGUCCCUUUCCGAGAACAGAGGAGGGAGAGGCACAGAGCUCCUCCCUGAGAGUGUGUAAAAACAUUCCUGCGAAGCGAGAGUAGCCAAAGAAUGGGAAACCCUCACAGCGGCCUCAUACUCUAUCGUUUCACCUUUUUACACAGCCCGUUUAUUACCACCCACUGAAUCCUGGUGCUGGGGGGCGCACCACGAGCGGCUCAGUGAAACGUGUCAGAGAAGAGACCCGAGGAAUCCUCCAAGACCUGGAAAGACAAAGAAAACUCAGAUGUUUCAUUGAUCGUCUCACAAUGAAGCCGCUGUUUGUCCUCCUCAUUUUCACUUCCUGGACUUUAAUUGGGGCCCAGAAUUACUACCAGGAACUGAUGGAUUACCUGGAGAACAGAUUGUUGGCUAUUGAGGACCGCAUGCAGCUCUGGCAUGAACAGUCCCGUCAGUACCACACAGAGAUGCUAAAUUUCAAGAAGUUGACAUCUGAAGCAGUGAAUGUGCAAAGGAAUCAUCACAGCAAGAUGCUCAAAGAAAUGGAAGCAGCGUCUGUUCAAGCGGACCGGCUGGAGCGAGAGAUGGACUAUGUGGAGACUCAGAACUCUCCACGGGCUUGUGCGAGCAAAGCUGAGAAGGUGGUGGAGCGGGCGGCCUGGGGACUGCAGGAGCGAGAUGAAGCAGAUGACUGGGAGGAGCUGCAGUCCCGAGUCUCUGAUUGUAUUGAAAUCAUCUCUGGCAUCAGAUCAGUGAAGAUCCUGAAGAGAGUGGGCGGUGCCAAGGGGAUGUGGACAAGAGACCCCAAGUCCUCCAAGGUUUAUGUCUUCAAUGGCACGUCAGGAGACACCAUCUACCAGUUCGACUCCGUACCUGAUUUUUCCAGAUCCCAAGGCACGAUGAACAGCAGAACCAUCAAGCUUCCCUUGAAGUGGAGCGGCCCUGGAGCUGCUGUUUAUAAUGGCUACUUGUACUACAUGAAGGGAGAGGCUGGUGCAGACAUACAGGUGGUCAAAUACGACCUAGUGAGUGGCUUUGUCACUGAAACUGCCAUGUUCCCUAUGGAGAGCCACUCUAGUGUCUACAAACUCAACCCAGAGACGGUCGCAGACCUUGCAGCGGACGAUGAGGGUUUGUGGCUUCUCUACUCCCCCAGUGACAGUGAACCAAACAUUAACCUCGCCAAAAUGGACGCUAUCACACUUGAUAUAGAACAAAUCUGGGACACCCGCUGCCCACGGGAAAACGCAGAAGCAGCCUUUGUAGUCUGUGGGACUGUCUAUGUUGUUUACAACACCCGUCUGGCCAGCCGAUCUCGAGUCCAGUGUGUGUUUGACGUCAAUGACAAGAUGAUCAGUGAGGAGGCUCCUCUUCUGUACUUUCCCAGGAGGUACGGAGCUCACGCUAGUCUGAAAUACAACCCUGAGGAGAAGCAGCUUUAUGGCUGGGAUGAUGGCUACCAAAUUAUUUACAGGUUCACUAUGAAGAGGAAAGUUUUGGCUUGACAGCAGAGAGGUGGUGUCAUGGAUUUAAAAUAUCAGUGUGUACUUUAUCCAAACAGUUAAAUUAAAGUAGUUGAUUACUCAUUUAAUCAACACAUUUGCAGUGGUCUGUAGAAUGAAUGAAGGCCUUGCAGGCAGCGAUCAGGGCAAAGAAAGGCCCACAAACCCCUGGCUCAGCAGACUGUCUGCGACAUCACAGCUGAGCUUCAGAUGACAGAGCUUGGAGUCUUAUUUGCUGAUAUGUGGACCUUUCGAACCGGUUAAAAGCAACACGGAUGGUUUAUCUCCACAAAUAACACAAGCCAGGAGGAAUUCUGCUGUAAGGUGAAGUUGCUAUGCUAACAGUUAGCUUAAACUAGCCGAGAUGUCCACUGCUGAUUACCGGACGCCAAACCAACAACAGCCUUCCUUAUUGUUCAUGAGUCCAUGAAUGCCGAUUGACAGUGUGACGUAGAUCUGUGAGGAUUUUGAAAUCCUAGCAUUUCAUCAUCUACUUUCUAUCAGAAGCCAAUGCAGGAGAUCGGUGUAGAAGACUAUUUUCAUGUUCAGCCUGUGUGGAAAAACUCAGAAUGAGCGGUUUUCAAUCUGAAAAAAAAAAUUAAAACAUUUAAAUAAAUGUUUUUUCAGUCAAUCACACCUUUAAACGCAAUAAUGAAUGAACAUUUAAAAAAUAGUCUUCAUGUCAUGAAAAAAUUUUGAAUUAAAUAUUUAAACUUGUUUUAUGUUGGUCUUCGCUGAGAGAAUCAGCCAUGUUGGGGGCAUACUAUAUGACAAGGUGUUUUCUUGACAUAAACAACCACUAACACGUUUUUGUACAGGAAGCUUGUUUUCCCCCCGCAGGGAACACUUUCAUCCCAUGUAAUAUGUAGGGUUCAGUAUUGGACUGUAUGAUAACUGUGUGUCUUUUUAGGCUCUGAAAAGUACGUCUGAGUUUACAAGUAUAAGAUUUAUGGUCUGAAUUUUCUAAAUGUUGAGUUAGAAACAUGUCAAAUGAUCAUCUGAGCUAGAAAGAGAAGUAACUUCUUUUUUUUAAAUUAAAAGUAACUUUUACUAGAGGUCUGUACUGUAACGAUGGUUUGCUGUCUCUAGAGUCUUUUUCAUUUACAUGUCUGGUGUUGGAGAACCAGAAUAUUCUGAUUAAAAUUACCUGGAUGAAUCGUAAAAUGCUAACAGUACAAAGUAAACUUGGUAAAAAAGAA